ACGGUGUUUGCCGAACUCUCCCGAACCUGUCCUCUGAUCAUGGCUGAUCGCGUCCGCGUCCGAGGUGUCACUAUACACAGACCGAUAAUAUAUGGAAACACUGCGACAGUCCUUACUCCUGCUGAACGGGAGACCUCCCACUAUCAAGACCACACUCAUCGGUGGACAGUUGCAGUUCGUAGUGCUCCGAGCGCACCUGACUCUGAUAUUGUCGGUGGUGCGGAUGACUUGGGGUACUUCAUAAAAAGAGUCACGUUUAAACUGCACGAUACAUAUCCGAAUCCGACCAGGAACAUCGAUAAACCCCCAUUUGAGGUAUCAGAGACUGGUUGGGGAGAGUUUGAGAUUCAAAUCCGCAUCACGUAUGUAGCAGAAUCUGGCGAGAAAGCCACCACGCUCUACCACCACCUGAAGUUACAUCCUUGGUCAAUUGCCUUCUCGCUCCCCAAUGCAUCCGCCGUUCCUCCAGAGCCUGAAAUCCCGUCUCCCGAGAACGCUGCAAAGCUCGGGCCUGUGCAUAGCUGGCAAUAUGACGAGAUUGUCUUUACGGACCCAUUCCAGAAUUUCCUUACUCUUCUAACUACGCAUCCACCAACGCCGCUGCCGAAAACGAGUGUAAACAAGAAGCCUAUUCCUUUUCAUUCGUGUAACCCUGCGUCAUUGGAGGCGAGUCUGAAGGGUGGCGUGCCGGAGUUCACUAGUGCUAUGGAGAAAGAUGAGGCUGACAGGUUGGAAGAAGCGAAGGGCAAGAUUAUCAAAGAGCAGGAGAAAUGGCGAGGAAUCUUGAUAGAAAGAGAAAAGGAGCUUGAAAGACUUCAGAAGCUACUUGCGUCGAAGGAGUGAUCUUGCCGGAUGCUGGUGUCUCUAGGAUAUCUGUGAGCACGCGAAAAGCGACGGUCCUCAGAACAAGUGUCCCAGGCGUCCCUCUGAAACUAUAGCAACAUCGUCGGUCCGAGAUUAAGUCUACGACUUGCCAGAUCUGCGACCUUCUCGUGGAGAUUAGUCGAAGGCGAACCGAUGGUCGUGCCACAGCAGGUAACUUACGAUGUAAUCUCUAGAUGCUCCUUCUGUACGGUACCACAUACUGCUGCCUUUGCAAGCGCCGAGAACAUGAUCUGUACUAGCUAGCUGACUAUGAUGAUACUAUUCAUGUGGGUGAUUGAAAGACGGCUAUCCG